UCGCAAAAGACCGUCUCGACCACUAUCGAUGCGGCGCUGUGGUCACUACAAGUGAUACACUGCACGCAAUCCGAUAUUGACCUACAUUUCGAUCGUCUGCCCGACCAAGGACGUGUUCGAUUGGAUUCUCUCGAUCCGCGAUGACGGAACUUUCAGCCUACCGGUUCGUGAACUCCGACCGGCGAGCGAGAUAACACUCAGUCAGUGUUUGUUCGUGGUGUUAGAGAAAUCUCUUGCGUCCAUUUUUUCCUUUCUUCGUCUGCCAUGAUGGAUUCAUUACGGACGUUCAACGUGAGUCUGUCCCCCAUCCCUGUGACACUGUUUGAACUCGUCUUCGUUGCUGUCUGUACGGUGUUCAUCUAUCUUCUGUACGCGGUCUUGUUCCAGCCGACCAAUCGAGUGCGGAAGCUAGAAGAUGUCGGAUACAUCUCGGACCAGUCUUCUUCGAAAAAAGAAGUGGCGGACUCGACUCAGAGACGGAGGGUGGUCGGCGAAAUCCCACCCGUCUACCCAAACGGGUGGUUUGGUCUCUUUGAGAGUUUCCAGCUGAAAAAAGCCGAAGCUAAAUAUAUAAAUGUUCUUGGUCUUCACCUGGCAGUGUUCAGAGACGAGAACGGUAAUGUCCACGCGCUCGACGCGUACUGUCCACACCUGGGAGCAAAUCUGGCAGUUGGCGGGAAAGUCACCGGAAGCUGUUUGUCCUGUCCAUUUCAUGGUUGGCGAUUUCGAGGAGAAGACGGGAAAUGUGUCCAUAUACCCUACAACGAGACUGUUCCCGAGUUCGCCAAAGUGAAGUCGUGGCCGGUGAUGGAAGUGAACGAGUGGGUGUAUCUCUGGCACCACGCGGAAGGCGAAGAACCGUCCUGGAAACCGCCAGAAAUGCUGAGGUUGUCCAAGGGAGAGUGGACGUAUAGAGGAAGAACCGAACAUAUGAUUAACGCACACAUUCAGGAAAUACCUGAAAAUGGCGCCGAUCUGGCGCAUCUUGACUGUGUGCACGUGUCGUUCAUUGGCUCUGGCACGGAUCUACGAUACAUCUGGUCUAAGGCUUGGAGCUUUGUGAAACACAACUGGACAGCCAAGUGGGAGUCGUUCGAUCCCCCGGAGGGUCAUGUUGGCCAACUCAGCCUCACCCACGCGAUAAAGGUGUUCGGGAUGUCUUUUCCAUUGCUGGACCUCAGUGUCAAGGCCAAACAGAUUGGUCCAGGCUUUGUGUAUUUAGACAUAGAGGGGGUUUUCGGAAAGGGGGUCAUCAUCCACAAUGUGUUGCCAGUGGGACCGCUCAUGCAGAAGGUGGUACAUAAUAUAUACGUCGAGAGAAAGAUGCCAACAUUUAUAGCCAAAUUUUACAUGCUGGGAGAGGCAAUACAGGUCGAGAGGGACAUAAUGAUCUGGAACAACAAGCGAUACGUCAACAAGCCGGUGUUCGUCAAGUCGAGAGAGGACACGUUCAUCAAUCGACACAGGCGCUGGUAUUCCCAGUUCUACUCCGAGAACAGCCCACGCCUCACGUCCGAGAAAAACAAAACUCUAGAAUGGUGAACAGGCGUCAGAGAAAAACAAACAAACAAUGUGCACAUGCGUUUGAGGUAAAACUGUAAAAAUUGUGAAGAAGCGUCUGUGCAAAAAGUUAAGAUGGUGAAGAGGCGUCUGUGUACAAACUUUAAAUGGUGAAGAAUAGUCGGUGCAAAAGGUAUAGCUGGUGACACGGCAUAUGUGCAAAAACGUUAUAUGGUGAAUAAUAGGCUAUGCAAUAACUUUAGAUGAUGAAGAAUAGUCUAUGCAAAAAAUUAUAGAUGGUGAAACGGUACAGAUGUUCAAAAACUUCACAAGAAUAGACUGUACAUAAACUCUAAUUGGAGAAGAGCAUCUGUUUAAAAUUUUAUAUGGUGAACAAUGGUAUGUGCAAAAACAAAUCUGGAAUGGUGAAGUGCCAAAAAAAAUGAGAAAAGAAUGUGAUCAAUGAUUUGAUUCUGAGAAAAUAAGGACUAGUGAAGAGGCAUGCGAGAAGAAAUACUCAAUACUCAUUAAAAAUUAUGUCCAUUUUUAUACAUAGCACGAUUGCAUGGCAGUGAUUUACUAAUUGAUUCAGUAUAUAAUUAUGCCUAAAAUUAUAAUAUAUAAUUAACUGUCCUGAAAAGUCAGGCGCGGAUCCAGGGGGAUGUUGCACACCCUCCCCAAACUUCAAAAGUUCAAAGUACCAUCAAAAUCCUCUAUAUAUUGUCUGAAAAUAUAUAAUUAACUGUCCUGAAAAGUCAGGAUCCAGGGGGAUGGUGUAGGGGGCGUGCACACCCUCGUCAAAGUUCAAAGUACCAACAAAAUCUAUAUAUUGCCUGAAAAUAUAUAAUUAACUGUCCUGAAAAGUCAGGAUCCAGAGUGAUGGUGUAAGGGGUGUGCAUCAAAAUCCUUUGAAAUGUAUAAUACCUAAGGUGCCCCUUUCAUACGUUGCACCAUCUCCCUAGAAAUACCCUGAAGUCAUAGCAACGUUUUUUCUUCUGUUUAUUGUUUCCGUAUUACUCCAUAAAUGUCAUAACAACCUUUUUUUUCGUUUAUUGUUUCCUUAUUACUC